AGCCUAACCGAGCAAUUUGAAAAUCAGUUUCGGACCUUCGCCUCCAGAGAAUUUCAAGGCGUUCUUUAUAUGACGCCUGAUGAUUUUGUUUUUUCUGUAAUAAAUGAACAGCCACCAAGGCGACAACUUCAGUCGAUUUCCGAAAAUGAACUGAGCAAGCUACUGGAUAAAACACCAGAAAAGGUUGUACAGCAACCAACUUUGUUUCGUCUUCUUGGGAACCUAAUGAUUACUCAUACUUAUAUUUUGAGAGAACCAAAAUCUGGAUUCGAGAUCGCCUUCAAGGUGCUGGAUUUCGACUGCAGCGGAACUAUUGAGUUGGAUGAAUUUUCCUCAUAUGCCAAUAAUGAGCCGGUCAUUCAAACAUCCCUUAUGCGACAUUUCUUCGGGAAAAAUGGCAGGAAGAAGCUAAGUUAUGAGGAAUUCCGCACAUUUGUUGAAAAUUUACAAAACGAAAUUUUAGAAAUUGAGUUCCUGAGAGAGACAAACAACCGGUCAGUGAUGCAUCCCGAACAGUUUGCUCACAUACUUCUUAAUCACACAAAACUGCCAGAAAGUUGCUACGAUAAUUUUUUAUCCCGCCUCAAACGCCUAUCUCCAGAUCUCGAGGUAUUACUUAGUUGCAUCAACAUUUUGAUCGAACUGUCAGAUUACAAGAAGUUUUUUCAUUUUUUGAACCACCUCCGUGAUUUCCAGCUUGCAAUGAAAAUGUAUAUGCUGGCUAAUAAAGCAAUUUCACUAGUUGAAUUUAGACGAGCAAUCAAGGCCUGCACUGGCGAAGAACUUGGCGACGGCAUCCUUAACACAGUGUUUUGUCUUUUUGAUGAAAAUGGUGAUGGUCGUAUUAGUCCAACUGAAGUUAUGGUACUCCUAAAAAACCGAAGACUUCGGGGUUUGACUAAGGAUUUUACCAUACGCCGUUCGUCUGAUGCUGAAGACAUCUAA